UACAGCUUGACGUCGACAAGCGGGCAAACUUCCUGAUGUGAAGCUGGAAUUCUGUGUUUGCCAGCCCGGGUAACAGAUUUUGGCAGACACGGUCUUGCCAGAACCACCGACACCACAGCGGGAUCAAGACGUUCAUUUACAGCAGUGGGAGCAGUAGAGGGCGGACAGCACCAUGAACGGACAGCUGGACCUGAGCGGCAAACUGAUCAUCAAGGCCCAGUUGGGCGAUGACAUCAGACGCAUACCCAUCCACAACGAGGACAUCACCUAUGACGAGUUGGUGCUGAUGAUGCAGCGCGUCUUCAGGGGCAAGCUGCAGAGCAACGACGAGGUCACCAUCAAAUACAAGGACGAGGAUGAUGACCUCAUUACUAUUUUCGACAGCUCGGAUCUCUCCUUUGCCAUCCAGUGCAGUAGGAUACUGAAACUCACUCUGUUUGUGAAUGGUCAGCCAAGGCCUCUGGAGUCCAGUCAGGUGAAGUACCUGCGCAGGGAGCUCAUUGAGCUCAGGAACAAAGUCAACAGUCUUCUGGACAGCCUGGAGCCCCCCUCAGAACCUGGCCUGGCUGCAUCAGCACCAGACCAGGACUUGGUGGAUGGGCAUGAGGGGAGGGCGGUGGCAGCAGAGGCAGCGGUGAAGCAGGCCCCGGUCCCGGUCAGUGCGGCCAGCAUGUCGGCCUUCGACCCCCUGAAGAACCAGGGCGAGGUCAGCAAGAACGUAAUCUCCGCCUUCGGCCUGAGUGAGGACCAGAUCCCUGCCCCCCCAGGUGUCUUGGCUGAGGAGCGGUCAGGUACUCCAGACAGCAUUGCCUCAUCCUCGUCUGCCGCCCCCCAGCCCGGAGUGCCCCCCCAGCCACAGGCCCCCUACACAGGGGUGCAGCAGGGACCCCCAGCAGCCAUGGAUGGUCAGAUGUACCAGCAGUACCAGGCCCCAGGUGGAUACCCACCCCAGCAGCCAGCACCACAGCAGCAGUAUGGCAUGCAGUACCCUGCAGGAUACACCCCCCAGCCUGGGGCCCCGCAGCCCGGUGGCCCUCAGCCCCAACAGUUCCAGAACUACCCUGCCCCAACCUCCCAGGCCCCCGCCCCUGGCCAGGCCCCAGCUCCCAGCUUCCAGGGAGGCCAACAGCAGGCUCCUCCAGCCCAGGGUGCCCAGCAGUACCCCCCAGGGGUCUUCCCUCCCCAAAACUACACCUCCCAGGCCAACCAGCCUGCCAACUACAGCCUGCCCCCACCUCCCAGCCCCAGCCUGGCCAGGUACCUGCCCCGUCCUGGCUACACCCCUCCCCCCGGUAGCAAUGUCACCCCCCCUCCUGGGGUGUCCAACCCCUACGCCCGCAACCGGCCCCCCUUCGGCUCGGGUUAUGCCCAGCCUGGUCCCGGGUACCGGUAAAACAGGAGAAGGAACGGGGAAUGUUAUCCACCCACCCCUCCCCUGCGUGUCCUGGCUGUUAGGCUUGGGUUCGGUAAACAUGGUCUGC